ACUAUCUCCCUCAGGGACUGGAACUCACAUCACUUACCAAAGGUAGACGCCAAACUGACGUCAGGGGAGCCGUCAUUUGACGUGAAUACACCCCCCGUCGCCACCACCAGUGAUCAAACCAGCCCUCCCCACCAGCACUAUUUCCUCUCUCCUUGGCGGAGCAAUCACGCGCAAAUUCACGUUCCCUCCGUCACAUCCAGCUGUUUCUUAAGGAACAAACAAGAAAACAAGGAGAUUUAAUCAUCAACAUUCCCCCAAAAAAUAUUCAGAUCUCGGACUCAUUCCAGCUUUCUUGGGAGCAUCUACACUGCAUUUUUUUUCUCAUCUGAUUGAUUUUCCUCUGAGAUGGAAAUGAGAUGUCGUCCAGCGGUGAUGUGUUGUGUUCUUGCCGUGCUCUCCUCAAUGGUUCCCGGGUCUUUGGAGCUCUCUUACAGGGACAGGCAGUACCUGAACGAGUGGGCGGUGGAGAUCCCGGGUGGGCUAGCUGCUGCAGAGGCGAUCGCCAAAGAGCUGGACUACCAGCUGGUCCGACAGAUUGGGGCCCUGCAAGACCAUUUCUUGUUCAAACACCGCAAUCAUCCUAGCAGAAUGAAACGGAGUGCCGAACACAUUACCAAGCGGCUGUCAGAGGAUGACCGGGUACUUUGGGCAGAGCAGCAGUAUGAGAAACGUCGUAACAAGCGGGCGUCCAUUCGGGAGUGCAGGGACUGUCCAGUAGAUAAGCUGUUUGAUGAUCCCAUGUGGAACCAGCAGUGGUACUUGCAAGACACUCGGACGUCUUCCUCCCUCCCGAAGCUUGACCUGCACGUGAUCCCUGUGUGGCAGAAAGGCAUCACGGGGAAAGGAGUGGUCAUCACUGUGCUGGAUGAUGGCCUGGAGUGGAACCACACCGACAUCUACUCCAACUACGAUGCAGCAGCCAGCUACGACUUCAACGACAACGAUCCCGACCCUUUCCCCAGAUAUGACUCCACUAAUGAGAACAAACAUGGGACUAGGUGUGCUGGGGAGAUUGCCAUGCAGGCUGACAACAAUAAAUGUGGUGUUGGAGUCGCGUACAACUCCAAGGUUGGAGGAAUUCGUAUGCUUGAUGGGAUUGUGACUGAUGCCAUCGAGGCCAGCUCUAUUGGCUUUAAUCCAGACCAUGUGGACAUUUAUAGUGCCAGCUGGGGACCGAACGACGACGGCAAGACGGUGGAAGGACCCGGUCGCCUAGCUCAGAAGGCUUUUGAGUAUGGCAUCCAGAGGGGUCGUGGCGGGAAAGGCUCUAUCUUUGUUUGGGCAUCAGGUAAUGGUGGCAGACAGGGCGAUAACUGUGACUGUGAUGGUUACACAGACAGCAUCUACACCAUCUCUAUCAGCAGCGCCUCCCAGCAGGGCCUGUCUCCCUGGUACGCUGAGAAGUGUUCCUCCACUCUGGCUACAGCAUACAGCAGUGGAGACUAUACCGACCAGAGGAUUACAAGUGCAGAUUUGCACAAUGAGUGCACUCAGACUCACACUGGGACGUCAGCCUCAGCCCCGCUUGCUGCUGGAAUAUUUGCCCUGGCACUGGAACAAAAUCCAGAUCUCACCUGGCGAGACUUGCAGCACAUUGUGGUCUGGACCUCUGAGUUCGAUCCCCUGGCCAAUAAUCCGGGCUGGAAGAGGAACGGAGCAGGACUGAUGGUCAACAGCCGCUUUGGCUUCGGUCUUCUCAAUGCCAAAGCUCUGGUGGACCUCGCUGACCCAGCCACCUGGAAGCAUGUGCCUGAGAAGACGCAGUGCAUCGUCAGGGAUGAUUCUUUCCAGCCCAGGGAGCUGAAGGCAGCGGGGGAGAUCACUAUAGAGAUUCCGACCAAAGCUUGUGCGGGCCAGGAGAAUGCAGUCGUCUCAUUGGAGCAUGUGCAGGUGGAGGCCAGCAUUGAAUAUACCAGGAGAGGAGACCUGCAUAUAACACUCACCUCCCCAGCAGGAACCAGUACAGUGCUGCUGGCAGAGCGAGAAAGGGACACGUCCGCUAAUGGUUUCAGAAACUGGGACUUCAUGUCUGUGCAUACAUGGGGAGAAGAUCCCUCUGGAACAUGGAGUCUAAAAAUUACGGAUACUUCAGGACGAAUGGAGAAUGAAGGCCGGAUUUUGAGCUGGAAAUUGAUUCUUCAUGGGACGUCAGAGAAACCAGAGCACAUGAAGAAACCAAGAGUAUAUGUUCCUUACAAUGCUGUGCAGAAUGACCGCCGUGGUGUUGAGCAUAUGGAUGACAUGAUGGAGGAGCCCACACAGUCCAACCCACCACCAAAGACUGAAACUGUACAAGCCCCCAUUCCUUCCAACCCUGAGGUGGAAACAAAAAAGCCACCAAAUACUGUCUACUCCCCUUCUCUGGCCCUGCUGCGUCUCCUUCAGACAGCUUUCAACAGGCAGACCCCCACUCUAAAGCAACCUCAGUUUGCAGCCAGGGCCCCCUCCUCCUCCUCCACCUGGGGGAAGCAGCAGCCAGGCCGCAGCCUCUCUCCUCCUGCAACAAGACUCCCCCCAAAGAUGUUGUACCAGGCUCUGGACAUGAUCAACAAGUUCCGGGGCCCUGAGGACAGUGUCUACAGCGACUACACUGACGGCUUCUACAGCAACAAGCCGUACAGGCACAGAGAUGACCGACUGCUGCAGGCCCUGUUUGAGAUGAUCGAUGACGCCAGCAACUGAAGACAAGAUUCAAGUGGAAAAAUGAGAAGGAGAGGAGGAGAGGAGGAUAUAGAAAAGGAGAGGAAGAUGUAAAAUGAGGGGAAGGCAUGUUUAUGUGUUGGUUGGGGAGCAGAGGAACAAGGCAAAGAGAGGGGGGAAAGCAAAGAGAUGGGAUUUAGAAUUUGAGGAUUGGAGGGAAAAAAAAAUUGAGAAAUUAUCUGAUUUUACCCAGAAUGCUGCAAAUGUGAUCUCUUUACCUUUGUUUACAAUCACCAUUCACCCAUUUGAUAUUUCAUUCAGUUAGUAAUAUUUGCAGCAAAUACACACUUCAAAACAUGGACUUCAUAAUAUGAACUAUACCUCUGUGUAGUGACAAUUAGAGCAUUUAAGAUUCUAGAGAAAGGCCUUGUCUCUCUUCUCUUCAUCGCCUGCUCAAGCAUGCCACCUUAGAGUAUAAGUUUUGUAUUGGUAUCUAUAUAUUAUCAAUAUAUAUUAUUCAAAGACGAUGAUUGUAAUAUGGUUUUGAAUACCUGAUAUCCAAACUCCUCACUUUCAAAAAUUAUUUUUCCAAUUAAGUUCGCCAUCUUUCACUCAUUCAACUUUUUUUUCCAUAUGUUGAACUGCAACGGGACACCUUUAGAGGGCAAGUUUAUCCCUUAAAAAAUGACUUCAAGUCUUUGAAUUUGAGUAAGCAUAAAUUCAAAAAGGAGCAAAACUUAAAAUAGAUCAGCAAUGUGAAACAUUUAAACUGUGUUGACAAAAGAUUUAUUCUCAGGGUGUCAACAAAGCUCAUGAGAGUUACAGAAAAGUAUUCUGGACUCGUCAAAGUGUUUAAAGAAAUAUAUUAUGGUGUGACAGAUCUUAUACUCAAAAAAUGUGUACAAAAAACAAAAAGCCAAUACAUAAGUAAAAAGGAGAAAUGUUAUUAUGAUGAUAAGGAAUAAUAAAUGAAAGAUGGCGUCGCCAUUCA